AUGACGUGUGCCCGCUUCGGAGCUGUGGGCAGGCACCGGCAGCGGCAGCAGCAGCAGCAGCAGCAGCAGCAGACCACCCGGGGCCGCAGGGGCCGCAGUUCUGGGAACAAGAAGUCCAAGAAGCGCAGUCGGCGCAAGGAAACCUACUCGAUGUAUAUCUAUAAGGUGCUGAAACAGGUGCACCCCGACAUCGGCAUCUCUGCCAAGGCCAUGAGCAUCAUGAACUCGUUUGUGAACGACGUGUUUGAGCGGCUGGCUGGGGAGGCCGCCCGGCUGGCCCAGUACUCGGGCCGAACCACGCUGACUUCCCGGGAGGUCCAGACGGCCGUGCGCCUGCUGCUACCUGGGGAACUGGCCAAGCACGCCGUGUCCGAGGGCACCAAGGCUGUCACCAAGUACACCAGCUCCAAGUGACCCAGGGCCUGACAUAAAUAAAGGGCGAACUGUUCCCACGCGCUGUAGUGAUUUGGAAAAAGGGAAGUGAGGUCUGGGAAGGGUAUUGCUCUUCUGGAGUCCGCCACACGCAGGGGAACACUUAUUCAUACUAUUAAAAAACGCACUCCAGGGACCAGCCGAUGGCGUAGUGGUUACGUGGCUGGACCCCCA